CGUAACCGGCAAUGUAUAAAUAACACAGCCCUUUGUUUCCCAUAACAGCCUCGUUUCCUGAAGGUUCAAGAACAGCAGCGUUGAUAAUUUGUUUUGUCAAGAUGCAGAUCUUUGUGAAGACCCUAACUGGUAAAACCAUCACACUAGAAGUGGAGCCCAGUGACACCAUCGAGAACGUCAAGGCCAAGAUCCAGGACAAGGAGGGCAUCCCCCCAGACCAGCAGCGUCUGAUCUUUGCCGGCAAGCAGCUGGAAGAUGGCCGCACCCUGUCCGACUACAACAUCCAGAAGGAGUCCACCCUCCAUCUUGUGCUUCGUCUGAGGGGAGGUAUGCAGAUCUUCGUUAAAACCCUGACUGGUAAGACCAUCACCCUCGAGGUUGAGCCCAGUGACACCAUCGAGAACGUCAAGGCCAAGAUCCAGGACAAGGAGGGCAUCCCCCCAGACCAGCAGCGUCUGAUCUUUGCCGGCAAGCAGCUGGAAGAUGGCCGCACCCUGUCCGACUACAACAUCCAGAAGGAGUCCACCCUUCACCUGGUCCUGCGUCUUCGUGGAGGCAACUAGUUAACUUCUACUCUUAACAAUGUCACAUCUUAACCCCAAUUUCCCUCAUCCCAAAUUCCUUCAUAACCGCCAACCCCACCCUUUGACCUCACUCCAAUCCCACCACUGACUUUCCCUCCCACCCUAACCUCUAAUCCUCAGCUCUUAAAAAAUAAAAAUAAAUCAUCAAUAAAGUUCAAGCAUUCCUCAUAUUA